GCGGGGCUCUUCCCGGAGGAGGCGGAGAGGUUCCGCCCCCCGGAUCUCCGGCUUCCGGCAACUGGGCUGGACCGAAACCCGCGCGGAGCAACUGAGGCCCGAGCCUUCUCGGGACCCGGGGGACGCCUAACCCCGCGAGAAUUUGGCAAUGCAGCCACUUCUCUGACAGCAAACCCAGAUGCCACCACAGUAAACAUUGAGGAUCCUGGUGAAACCCCAAAACAUCAGCCAGGAUCCCCAAGAGGCUCAGGAAGAGAAGAAGAUGAUGAGUUACUGGGAAAUGAUGACUCUGACAAAACUGAGUUACUUGCUGGACAGAAGAAAAGCUCCCCCUUCUGGACAUUUGAAUACUACCAAACAUUCUUUGAUGUGGACACCUACCAGGUCUUUGACAGAAUUAAAGGAUCUCUUUUGCCAAUACCCGGGAAAAACUUUGUGAGGUUAUAUAUCCGCAGCAAUCCAGAUCUCUAUGGCCCCUUUUGGAUAUGUGCCACAUUGGUCUUUGCCAUAGCAAUUAGUGGGAAUCUUUCCAACUUCUUGAUCCAUCUGGGAGAGAAGACGUACCAUUAUGUGCCCGAAUUCCGAAAAGUGUCCAUAGCAGCUACCAUCAUCUAUGCCUAUGCCUGGCUGGUUCCUCUCGCACUCUGGGGUUUCCUCAUGUGGAGAAACAGCAAAGUUAUGAACAUCGUCUCCUAUUCAUUUCUGGAGAUUGUGUGUGUCUAUGGAUAUUCCCUCUUCAUUUAUAUCCCCACCGCAAUACUGUGGAUUAUCCCCCAGAAAGCUGUUCGCUGGAUUCUAGUCAUGAUUGCCCUGGGCAUCUCAGGAUCUCUCUUGGCAAUGACAUUUUGGCCAGCUGUUCGUGAGGAUAACCGACGCGUUGCAUUGGCCACAAUUGUGACAAUUGUGUUGCUCCAUAUGCUGCUUUCUGUGGGCUGCUUGGCAUACUUUUUUGAUGCACCAGAGAUGGACCAUCUCCCAACGACUACAGCUACUCCAAACCAAACAGUUGCUGCAGCCAAGUCCAGCUAAUGAGGAAACCAAGACCAGUGAAAGUUUCAUGAACUAACCAGCACCACCAUUUGGGAGCCACUGCCCUUGGGACCUCCACGCAGCUCUUACGAAUUACAUUCAGCUGUAAAAGAGCCCUGAGAAGCAGUAGCUUAAAUAAAUUUGCCGUUUUGUCUUUCUUAUGUAAAUAGAAAUUUAGAGAUAGUCUGAGGUUAACAUGGCUGCUCCAUGAUGCCAUCUCUUUUUAUUUUUCUUCUGCCCAGCAGUCCUUAGCAUGAAUUUGUCAUCUACUCCCAAGAUGCCUGUGUUACCUCCAGCAAAGGGUAGGUGGUGCAGAGUGUGGCUCCAGGCCAAAAACCCAUGCCUGAUCUUUCAGGCCUGAGAAAGGCCUUACCCAACAGGCCUCUUGGGAAAAGCUGCCUGCCCACACCAGACUGGGUGCCCAGUGAGUGCCAUGUGUCUCUGAAGGGACUACAGUCAAGGAUACUCUUACGCAUAUCUGCAUUUCAUGCCCAGGCUCCUCCAUUUGGAGGCCUCCUAGCCAUAGCCUUUUUCAGGUGCCUCUGCAGAGACCAAUUUAUCUAUGGGGGACCGGGGAACUUGAAAAUAUUUUUUUCACUUCCAAGGCUCAGUACUUUUCUACUCCUAACCCUUCCCCCUCUUCCUCUUCUCAGUCCCCAGGCCCUGUGAAAUGGCAGGAGCCUUUUGUUUAGGGAUCAAUUGGCAGUGAGACCAUCCCCACAUUUGUACUGAUCCACCUGACCCUUGCCUGGCACUGGUUCAUGGUGGGAAAUGGAACAUGAGGGGAGCCAGCGCUUUCUCCUGGUUAGCCUGUUGCUUGUACCAUCACAGUAAGUGAUGAAAGGCUUGCUGUUACUUCAUUUUCACUUGUCUUAACUGUACUCCAAGUCCUGGCAGCUCAGCUUUUUCCAGCUCAACUCAGCUCUUGACAGGCAGCAGGAAGGGAAAGGGUAAAAGAGGGUUGGCCAGUGGAGUUAGCCUGCCUUGUAAUGAGCUUUCUCCAGAGAAAAAGGUCAUGUCUUACUGGUUAGAACUGUAUCCCACAGUUACCCCUAGCUGCAAGGGAGGCUGGGAAAUACUCUUUAGCUGGGCACACUGUCACACUGAAUGAACCAGAAUACUGUCGGUAAGGAAGGAAGACAGAAUGGGUUUUAGACAGAUAACUAGUACAUCUUGGAGCCCCUCCUUUUACAAAAGUUGGUGGUGGUUUGUCCAUUAUCAGUUUGAUUUAAUUGGUUGGUAUCAUACAAAGAAUUGAGAGAAAUGAAUUUUGGGAAAAUGGCAGUGGCACUAGCAUACUUUUUGAAGCUCCCUGAAUUCUCUCAUAGAAACAGGGCAUCUGGGAUAGCAAAAUCAAAAACAAAUCGGCAUCUACAACAAAAGGUGAAAAGGUAUCCCCACAAACCCAAAAAUUCAAGCAGAGGGAAUCUUCUGGCAGUGCCAAGACUGACAUGGUAUCAGCAUUUUUAUGGAAAGAACCACAGGAAAGCAAGAGGGUAUCUGCGAAAUUGGAAAAUAAGAGCACCCCAAAACAGCCAAUAGGUACUCCCUGGAAAGUGCAAUGGGCUAAUAGGAGAACAGCAGCUGGAACUGGAGUUUCGUAAUACCCAGUUUGCAGCACAUGCAUGCAAGGGAUCCACAGCAAGUUCUGAAGAAGCUGGAGUAACCAGGCACCAGAAAAGAAACUGCAGGGAGCAAAACACAAGCGGAGCAGGCCAGGGAUAUUUGGGGCAAAGAAAAGAGAAGUCCAGAUGAGAGUCGGGGAGGGGAACAGAGCAAUGUCAGAAAGAUGAAGCUGUAUUUUUGAACAUGUCAUGGAAACAGAAAAGGAAGCUGUAAAGCCUUGAAUUUAGAAAAGCUAUUCUGCCUCACCUCUUCCUCCUAAAUGUGCAGGAAAACUAAUUUCACAUAAAAAAGAGUAACAGAGAGGAUCGCAGUCAAAUCUUGUAAUGAAGUUAUUAUAUGAAAAAUGAGAACAAGGAGCAGAAUAACAUCCCUAAUGGUAAUGAAAGCAUUCCAGACAGUCAUGCUCACAAAACCAGAUAAAAGCCAUAACUUAAUGUUUUAAAAUGAGCUAAAAUAAGAAAUGGUACAGGAUAUGAAAGAAAAUCACUAAUCAGAAUUAUAAGGCAGAAAUUAGGUAAUAGUACUGAGGAAAGAAUUGGAAAGAAAAGAGAAAACUCAUCUCACAAAUGAAGGCUGAAUUAUAAUAGAAGGGAUAUUAGAGUGAAUGAGCACAACAGAUAAUGCUUUAAGGGAAUAAAAAGUGAAAAAGGAGGAAAACAGAUUAAAUUCCAGAAUGGAUAAAGAGAAAUCAAAGAACUUAAGAAAAAGUGACCAGUAUGGGUCGGGCGCAGUGGCUCAUGCCUGUAAUCCCAGCACUUUGGGUGGCUGAGGCAGGUGGAUCACCUGAGGUCAGGAGUUCAAGACCACCCUGGCCAACGUGGCGAAAACCUGUCUCUACUAAAAAUACAAAAAUUAGCCAGGCAUGGUGGUAGGCGCCUGUAAUCCCAGCUACUCAGGAGGCUGAGGCAGGAGAAUAACUUGAACUUGGGAGGCAGAGGUUGCAGUGAGCCGAGAUCGCACCAUUGCACUCCAGCCUGGGCUACAGAGCAGGACUCCAUCUCAAAAAAAAAAGUGACCAAUAUGGAAGAUAGGCAGAGAAGAUCUAAAGAUGUAUUAUAGAUGUCCAAAGAAGAAACAAAAGCAAUGGAGAAAAAUACAUUUUUAAAAAACUAUAAUUAAAAUUUUCUGGAAAAAAAGACUACAUAUAAAAUGGGCACACUCAUACCUGGGGAAAUCAACACAGAAGAUCAACACUGAGACACAGUUGGUGACACUGUUUUAUGCCAAAGACAGUGGUAACAUAGAUACCCAAAGAAAGAAAAUAGGAGCUAAGGAUUUUACGUCUAGCCAAACUGGCCACAGACAAGAUGUUAUCAACGUGGAAGAACACAGGGAAUAUUCCCAUGAGACCUUUCCGAGGUAUCUUCUAGAGAACGUACUUCAGACAACCCAAAUGACUGUUAAGACAUUGACAUAGCAGUUGGUGAGCAUGAAAUACCUGUUCACAUGUAGAACUUAAUAAUGCUUAUGAGGGAGAAAAUAGAGUUUAUAACGGUUAUGUGCCCUUAAAAUGAAUCUACAGUAUAACUAAAAAAAGAGGAAGGAGAAUGGGGAGAGCACGUUUAAAGCAGAAUAAAUCUGCUGGUUGCGUUAUAGAUAUAGCAAAAGAACUUUGCUUCAAAUCACCUGCUGGAGGAUAAGAAGGGGAGGAGGAAGAAGUUACUAAAUAAUGCCUAUGUUGUUCAUAAGAGGAAAACAAUAGACAAUCAUUACCUGUUUCCCAAACAG